UACUCUCACUGGGUUCUUUCAGUUGGUUGACUUUCAUCUCACCAGUGGCUGGCAAAACGAGCGGAACUGUUGUGUUGUGGACUUCCGGCUAGGCUCAUUAGACCUGACACAUCAGCGCACCUUGUUCACUUCAUUUAUGAACUUGUCCGUUGGCCAAGUGCACGCAGCCUAUGUUCACAGCCCAUCAGAAGCUGAGUUUCUUGUCCAGCUCAUUCAUAUCGUGUGGCUCACCUGCGUAUGGUUGGAUGAACAAUGCCAGACCGAGUCUCGGUAUUACCAGACCAGCUGGGCUCACGUCGGUCGACAUGCUGGAAUGCUUAAACACAGUCUUCCUAUGGCGCUGGGGCUUGAGCUAGCUACGCCUGUGACACGCUUUGCUUCUGGGGAUCCCGUAUCCGGUGGCGGAUUGGAUCGGUCUUGUCUGUCUACUGAACCAGGUGUCUGGAAGAAGUUGACUCGCUUUCUGGGACUGAGUAAACGCAGGCUAGCCAUCCAGGUCCGCCUACAUGGUGGAACCGAUCUGGCAGCUGGGAUGGAGUCCUCGAAACCCAUCCAACGUGAGGGCCGCUGUUCACCGUUUCGCAUGGCCGCGUCGACUAAUUUCGAGGAAAAUUUCACUCCUGAUGAGAAAAUACCACCG